AAAUUAACUCGUCGACGUCAGCGCCGGCCGACAUAUUAAUUUUAGUUUCCGAAACUUCCGACAUUUUGACGUUUAACUCUCAAGUUAUCCGUGUAUUUUCUAAUCUUGUAAGAAUUUCAUCGUGUGAUCUUUCAUCAGCAUGGAUGAAGAAUACGAUGCAAUCGUUCUAGGCACCGGUCUGAAGGAAUGUAUCCUCAGCGGUAUGCUGUCCGUGUCCGGCAAAAAAGUUCUACACAUUGAUCGGAAUAAGUAUUACGGCGGUGAAUCUGCUUCGAUUACCCCGUUAGAAGAAUUGUUCGCAAAGUUCAAUGCACCGGCUCCGGAUGAAACAUACGGUCGAGGUCGCGACUGGAAUGUGGAUUUGAUACCAAAGUUUUUGAUGGCGAAUGGUCUUCUAGUCAAGCUGCUGAUCCAUACGGGCGUCACCCGGUACCUGGAGUUCAAGUCCGUCGAAGGCAGCUAUGUGUACAAAGGUGGAAAGAUCGCAAAAGUCCCGGUGGACCAGAAAGAGGCGCUGGCGUCCGAUCUGAUGGGUAUGUUUGAAAAGAGGCGUUUCCGCAACUUCCUGAUCUACGUGCAAGACUUCCAAGAGGAGGACACGAAAACUUGGAAGGAUUUCGACCCCAGCACUGCGAACAUGCAGUCAUUGUAUGACAAAUUUGGACUUGACAGAAACACCCAAGACUUUACAGGGCACGCUUUGGCUCUUUAUUUAGAUGAUACCUACCUUCAGCAGCCAGCUAUUCAAACAAUUAACCGUAUUAAGUUGUAUUCAGAUUCUCUUGCUCGGUAUGGAAAGUCACCAUAUCUUUAUCCAAUGUAUGGCUUAGGAGAGCUACCUCAAGGCUUUGCUCGGCUGUCUGCUAUCUAUGGUGGAACUUACAUGUUAGACAAGCCUAUUGAUGAGAUUGUUCUGGGCGAGGGAGGCAGGGUGGUUGGCGUGCGCUCUGGAAAUGAAGUUGCUAAGUGCAAACAAGUAUACUGCGACCCCAGCUACGUUCCUGAGCGAGUGAACAAGCGUGGACAAGUUAUCAGGUGUAUUUGUUUGCUAGAUCACCCUAUUAGUAACACUAAAGAUGCUCUGUCUACUCAGAUCAUCAUCCCUCAGAAACAGGUUGGAAGGAAUUCUGAUAUUUAUGUAUCUCUGGUGUCUUACACCCACCAGGUGGCUGCUAAGGGCUGGUUUAUUGCUAUGGUGUCAACUACUGUGGAGACUAAUGAUCCUGAAUCUGAGAUCAAACCUGGUUUGGAUCUGUUGGGGUCGAUCAGGCAGAAGUUUGUAUCAGUAUCAGAUUACUACGAGCCUACUGAUGAUGGUAGCCAAAGCCAAAUCUUCAUUUCCGAGUCAUAUGAUGCGACCUCACACUUUGAGACCACUUGCUUAGAUGUCCUCAAGAUCUAUAAGCGAGGAACAGGUGAAGAUUUUGACUUCUCUAAAGUGAAACUGGAAUUGGGAGAGGAGGAGCAGUAAAUAUUGUCCUAUUAUUGUAUAUUGCUUGUUAAUUUUAAUAUUUGUUUAUACAUAUUGGCUAAAGGAAUAAAAUGUUGAUUAGGGAUUGGGAAAAUUUUACAGCUUUGUUGCAUUACUAGAUGUUUGAGCUGUGUGCUCGUAUUCACUCAACAUUUUUUAUUUUUACUAAACUAUUCAAAAAUGUAUAAUUAUAUAUAGGAAUUAUUUGUGAUUUUAAGGAUGCUUUUUAUGUAUAAUUUAAGAUUUAUGAGAUACAUUUAAUGAUCGGCACAAGUCAAGUGGUAUAUGUAUAGCUGUGCAUCAAAACAUGCAUUCCAUUGAGGUACUGUUUCGUGUUGGAUCAAUAUCACAUUUGUAACAUGUCAAUAAAUAUAAUAUGAAUGCUCAUUAUACACUUUUAAUGUUCUGUGUAAGAUCAUGAAUAAAGUUACAUUACGACAAAAAAGUAUUUGAUUUUAU